GCCCGGGGGCCCGAGCUCAAAGUCCGCGACAUCCUGCGGGAGAGGCAGCCGCGGUUGGCAGUGCAGGUGGGCCCCCGCCCUCGGCCAGGCAAGAUGCCCCUGGGGUUCCGGAGAAAGGUGAAAGCCAAGUCCAAGGAGGCCGCCCAGCUGGUGAAGGUCGAGGAGGUGGGCGCGGGCGGCGGCGGCCUCCCGGACCCCCCGCCUCCCACACGCAAGCUGGUUUUCUACACGCAGCUGGCCCACGGCAGCGCCACCGGCCGAGUGGAGAAUUUCACCUGCAUCCAGGAGCUCUACGCCAAGAUCGCGGGAGUGUUCGGGAUCUCGGCGUCCGAGAUCUUAUAUUGCACUUUAAACACACCUAAAGUUGAUAUGGAAAAUCUCUUAGGAUCGUAUGUAGGCCUUGAAGAUUUCAUAUUUGCCCAUGUGAAAGGGAACCAAAAAGAAGUGAAUGUAUAUAAAUCUGAGGACUCACUUGGUCUCACCAUUACAGAAAAUGGAACUGGCUAUGCUUUUAUAAAGAGAAUUAAAGAUGGUAGCCUAAUUGACGCAGUUAAAACCAUCUGUGUGGGGGAUCAUAUUGAAUCCAUAAAUGGAGAAAAUAUCACUGGGUGGCGUCAUUAUGAUGUUGCAAAAAAAUUAAAGGAAUUAAAAAAAGGUGAAUCCUUUACCUUGAAGUUAAUAGAGCCUAAGAAGGCAUUUGAAGUAGAGCCAAGGUCAAAAGCUGGAAAAUCAUCAGCAGAAAAAAUUGGUACUGGAAGAGAGACACUUCGCCUGAGAUCAAAGGGUUCUGCCUCCAUGGAAGACAUGCCCUCCGAAACCAAGACAAAAGCAAUUGAAAAGAUUGAUGAUCUUCUUGAAUUGUACAUGGGAAUUCAAGAUAUCGAUUUAGCUACCACAAUGUUUGAAGCUGGAAAGGACAAAGGUAAUCCAGAUGAAUUUGCUGUGGCACUUGACGAAACUCUUGGAGACUUUGCGUUCCCAGAUGAAUUUGUCUUUGAUGUUUGGGGAGUCAUUGGUGAUGCGAAACGAGAAUGACGAUGACAUGGAUGAUCCGUCUCUGGAGAAAUGAACAUUCUUUUAAAAAAUAUCCACAGGAUCUUAUUUUUAGGCACUGUUACAGACUCUGGUUUGGUCUGAUGUAUAUGGAAUACAUUCUUUGAAAUACACUUUUGGUUUCUGGGUACCUUUUAAUGUGGUUCCAGAUGUGGUAUGCUUAAAAUAAAUCACCUAAAAUAUGAUCAAUUUUAAUAUUCAUUCAAGAGUCUUUUUAAAGUAAGUUUUAGGAAGUAUUUCUAGAGAGGAUUUUGCUCCCCAUAAACGUCUGUGUUUUCUUUUCUACCCACAUGCAAAUAGCUGAUUGCAAUAGCUCUGUAGCUCUUUUUAAAAAUCUUAAUGCAGGGAAAUUGGGAUUAGAGUAUGAUUUGCCUCCGAGCAUCUUCAUUUUUGUUAUACCAGCCUGAUCUAGGUGUGUUCAGGAAGUGAAGUGUGAAUUAUGCCCUCUCUGGGUCUAGAAAGCGUUUUUUUUUUUUUUAAAUCCACUGAGUAAGGGGAGAAAGAUUCCUACAAUCUCUUGAUAUCUGUGGCCUUCUUUCUUCUUAAAGCAAGGACUGAUUUACUUAUUUAUUUUUUUGGUUCUUUGUAAUUGCUCCUUUUUAAAAACUUGUUAAAAUCUAUUAUACUGUGUAUGUGUUUGCUUGCGUGGAAGAAGGGGGAAAAGGCAGAUAGGGUAGAAAGCACUUAAAUUUGAUUUUUUUAAAAAGCAGUUCUUAAAGCAUUCUUUUUCCACUCAUACCCACUUUUAUGUUAUGCUUCAUAAGCACUCCAGGGAAGGUUUUUACAGUCUUUGUAGAACUUUUCUUUUGAAAGAUAUUUACUCAGAAAAUAACUGUGUUUGAGAACUUUUUUUUUUUUUUUUUUUGGGUGAAAGAGCAACGUUUUAAGCCCCCUAAACUUUAGCGGAGAUGCUAUCAGAAAUCGAUUUCCCCCAGUGGAAAAAAAGGAGGACGGAGGAAUUGAGAAAAUAUAUUAGUCUAUUAUUUUAGAGUUCUAACAUACUUUCUCUAAAACCUUACAUUAUUGAGAAAAUUGAGGGCAAAUGACUGUCUUAUCACUCUUACGUGACAUUUUAUGGCUGUCAGAGAAUGGAAAUGAAUGGUUUCAGCAUAGAUCAUUUAAUAAGGCAGAGCAUGGUGUGACCAAGCAUUCUCCUAAAGUGUUAGGUGGAAAAUGUUGUGUGCUGCCAUGGUAAUCAGAAAUAAUGACCCAUGAGGGCUGUAGUCCAGGAGAUCAGAAGUAGUUCCCUUUUCAUGGUGAGUUAAUGCUUCGGUAACUGUUGUUUUCCUGUGCAACUUUACUUUUGCUAACAUCCACUCCUCUUUCACAGAAGUUUAAUGCUUUGAAGCGGAUACUCUUUGUCUCAUUAAUCUGAGUCCUGUACAGAAGCCCUGUUUUAGUCAUUAAUG